GAGCGGUGCACCAUGAUGAAACGUGUCGCACUGCUCAGCUGUGCCACUGUUGCGCUGGCCUUGCGGCCAGUGCCCCCGCCGCCGCGCGCCGUGCAAAGCAAGGCCGCGAAAAAGGUCGCCGCUGGUAUGGCGGCGGCCGUGCUUGCCGGCGCGUCGACGCUGCCGCUGUCCUCGCUCGCGCUGUCCGCCGAUGAUUAUGAUGCGAUCUACGGCAUGAGCGCGACGGGCUCCAAGGGCUCGUCCAUCAAGUUCGAGAUGCCGAGCUUCGGCGGCGGCGACGACGCGCCCGACACCGCCGCGGCCGACAAGAAGAAGGCCGCCGACGCCGCCGCCGCGAAGGAGGCCGACGCCGCGGCCAAGGCCGCCGAGCGCGAGGCCGCGCGCGAGGCGCGCGCCAAGCAGCAGCAGGAGCUCCGCGACGCCGCCAAGAAGCGCGAGGACGAGGCCCAGGCCAAGAAGGACGCGGCCCUCGCGAAGGCCAAGGCCGCGACGGCCGCUGCGGCGAAGAAGGAGGACGCGGCGCCGGCCUUCAAGCCCCCCGACUCCUUCAGCAGCGCGCCGUCGCUGCCGACCUUCGACGCGCCGAAGGUGGAAAUGCCGUCGAUGCCGUCGUUCUCGGCGAGCCCCCCGCGCGUAAAUCGUCGCGGCGCCGUCGACGCGACGCGACGCCGGCUUGGUGCACUCGACUCACUUAUUGCUUUGCGCGCAGGCUCCCAAGCUCGACGCCCCCUCCAUGCCGUCGUUCUCGAUGCCGAAAUUCGACGCGAGUCCCUGCGCAUGAAUCAAAUUGUCGCGGCGUGUCUCACUCACCGAUCGAUGUGCGCGCAGGCCCCGGAGGCGCCAUCCUUUAAGAUGCCGGACGCACCGAAGCUGCCAGACGCUCCGAAGAUGGAUAUGCCAUCGUUCUCUGCGAGUCACCAGUGCAUAAAACACAUUGUCGUCUCCUAUCGGGCGCAACGGACUCACUGGUUGAUUUGCUGACAGGCUCCUAAGAUGGAUUUUAAGAUGCCCGACGCGCCCGCCGCUCCGAAGAUGGAUAUGCCGAAGUUCGGCGCGUGCCUGCGUAGAAAUCAACCAGCGAGUUACGUUAGUUACGUUUACGUCGCGUCGAUGGCGUGAGUUGCCCGAAAUUUGAUUUCCACACAGAUGCUCCUUCAUUUAAAAUGCCGGACGCUCCGAAGAUGGAUAUGCCGAAGUUCGGCAAGUGCCUGCGUAGAAAUCAACCAGCGAGUUACGUUUGCGUCGCGUCGAUGGCGUGAGUUGCCCGAAAUUUGAUUUCCACACAGAUGCUCCUUCAUUUAAAAUGCCGGACGCUCCGAAGAUGGAUACGCCGAAGUUCGGCGCGUGCCUGCGUAGAAAUCAACCAGCGAGUUACGUUAGUUACGUUUACGUCGCGUCGAUGGCGUGAGUUGCCCGAAAUUUGAUUUCCACACAGAUAUUCCCAAAUUCGACGCGCCCGCCGCGCCGAAGAUGGAUAUGCCAUCGUUCUCCGCGAGUGACAGUGCAUGAAACAAAUUUUCGCGGUGCACCAGACUCACUGGUUGAUUUGAACAGGCUCCUAAGAUGGACUUCAAGAUGCCCGACGUUAGUCCCAGAGCCUCAAUCAAAUUGUCGCGGCGCGUCUCCGCCCCUGCGGAAUCUGGCCUCCACGCCAUCGACGCGACGCCAGCUCGACGGCGUGGCGGUACUCGCUGAUGCUGGCGCACAGGUCCCCAAGGUGGAUGCUCCUUCAUUUAAAAUGCCGGACGCUCCGAAGAUGGAUACGCCGAAGUUCGGCGCGUGCCUGCGUAGAAAUCAACCAGCGAGUUACGUUAGUUACGUUUACGUCGCGUCGAUGGCGUGAGUUGCCCGAAAUUUGAUUUCCACACAGAUAUUCCCAAAUUCGACGCGCCCGCCGCGCCGAAGAUGGAUAUGCCAUCGUUCUCCGCGAGUGACAGUGCAUGAAACAAAUUUUCGCGCGCGGCACUCACUGGUUGAUUUGCGGACAGGCCCCUAAAAUGGACGCGCCCUCCAUGCCGUCGUUCAGCGCUCCGUCGAUGCCGAAGAUCUCGGCGCCGUCCGCGCCCUCGUUCUCGGCGCCAUCCAGCUUCGACUCGCCGCGCGCCAGCUUCGACAUCCCCAAGGACCAGGGCCUCGAGGAGAAGUACAAGGACCGGCCCGAGCUCCUCGUGCCCCAGGAGGACCGCGACGCGUCUGCCAAGGCGGCGAACGAUGUCUUCAAGCAGUACGACCAGGACGCCAAGGUCGCCGAGAAGGCCGCGCGCGACGCGCGCGACGACGCGAACAAGAAGAAGAAGGAGUUCCAGGCGAAGAAGGACCUCGCCUGCGAGACGCGGCCGGGCGGCAAGUGGAUCUGCCUGCGCGGCUUCGGCGCCGGCUUCUAGGUCUCUAGGCCUCACGAGUGUAAGGACUUUGACACUCU